AUGUUCAAGUUUGUCGCCAUCGUUGCCCUCCUGGUUGCCACUGCCAGCGCUGGUCUGAUCGAGACCCACCAUGUGGUCCAUGAGCCCGUCCUGGCCAAGGUAGGAACUGUGGUGCACUCUGCUCCUUCGGCUGUGUCCCACCAGAGCAUCACCCAGGUGCACAGCAAGGCCGUCGUCCAGCCCGUUGUGGCUCCAGUCCUGAAGACCGUGGCUGUCCACUCUGCUCCAGUGGUUCACUCCGUUCCCGUUGUCCACGCUGCUCCAGUUGUCCACCACUCCGUGCCUGUGGUUCACUCCGUGCCAGUGGUGCACUCUGUUCCCGUUGUCAAGUCUGUGGUGCAUGCUGCUCCUCUGGCCUACACCCUGCACCAUUAA